GAGUUCGGGGUCGAAAGCUAAAUAUCACGUGUAUUGUUGCACAGUAAAAGCCAUGUUGCUUAACAACUGUGUCAGACUAGAGGGAAAAGUUAUCCUUCACAAGAGAGAACAUCCCCCCGCCUUCUGAUUGAAUACGUGAGCCCUGUUUUCCACGCCUUUAAAAAAAAAGACAAGGAAAAUACGCCAAGAAAUACGAGAUUUUCACCGGAUUGGUGUUUGGUUUCUGCCUCGUAACGAAAAACGGCCGCGAUGAGCUAUACGUCUGAUAAAAUGCUUGCUGGAAACAGUAUUGUCAGAGGUGAUCUGCCCAGGUGAGGUGGUUUGGUACUGACAGAUAUGGAGGUGGGAAGUCUGCCUGUUGAGCUUUGGCGGCUCAUCCUGGCAUACCUGCCUCUGCCAGAUCUGGGUCGAUGCUGUCUGGUGUGCAGAGCCUGGCGUGAACUCAUUUUGAGCUUGGACAGCACACGUUGGCGGCAGCUCUGUCUAGGAUGCCCUGAAUGUCGCCACCCAAAUUGGCCCCGUCGCCCCCAUCUGCCCCCGGUGUCCUGGAGAGAGGCUCUCCGUCAGCAUGCUCUUGCCAGCCGAACCUGGACCCAGAACGGCUCGGACCUCCACUCGUCUGCCUGCCUCCACCUUUUCCGCCGGAGGAAAGACCGCAGGGUUUGGCAUGUUGGCACAGUGGCAGGGCGCGGGUAUGAGACUUUUAGGGGGGCUCUGGCUGCAGCAGGGCCGUACGAUAAAGUGGUGCUCCAUGCGGGUGUAUACGAGGAACAGGUGGAGGUGUCCCUCAAGGUGCCUGUGGAGAUUGUUGGAAUGGGCAAGUUGGGGGAUGUAUCGUUGUUGGUGAGCUUUGAUCAACUGUGCCCGACGGCGAGACUGUGCAAUCUGGUAUUCAUGCCAGCGUGGUUUUCACCUGUGGUUUAUAAGACAUCUUCUGGACAUGUCCAGUUGGACAACUGCAACUUUGAGGGCUGUCAGCUGCAUAUCCGGGGUCCAGGGACGUGCCAGGCUCGUUUCUGCUCUUUUGCCCAGGGCAGCUCUGCCCAUUUUCUGGGAGUAGCCAUCAGUUUAAUGGACAGUUGUGAAUUCUCAGGGGGCGAUUCCGCCUCUGUCACUGUGGAAGGUGCUCCGGUCUCUGAACGCAACUGGGCCUUCAAACACCUGGUCGCCUUGGCCAAGACCUUCACCAUGAUGACUAGUAAUGGGUCAACUGAAAUAUCUAACCAGGGUGGAAAAGACAACAUGGGUGCUGGUAGUCAUGGAAACACACCCUCAGAAGGAGUAAACACAAUGAAGGACUGGAGUAAGCAGGAAGUAGAUUGGGAAACAAACUGGGCAAAACAGAAAGGUGGAGAUAGUCUCCUUCCAGGCCAGGAUGGUACAAUGAUUGAGGAGGAUGGCAUGGAAACAUCAAGUGAGUCAAGUGAGGAAGAUGAUGAGCUAGAUGGCGAGAAAAGCACAGCCUUAAAGCUUUCAUACGACCAGCACGGACUAGCGCAUCUCUCCAAAGCGGUUAUGCCUGAUUCUUCUGCUUUUCCUGCACUGUUGAGCCUGUCUGCAGAGCUGCAGAGGGACGCAGAGGCGCGGGAGUUGGUCGCAUCAGUUCAAGGCUGCUUGCUGCGCCGCUGUCUGCUGCGGGAUGGAAAAGGUGGUGUGCAUCUGUGCAAUCAUGGUCAAGCACGACUGGAGGCCAAUGUGUUCAGGGGGCUCAACUAUGCAGUGCGCUGCAUCCAGAAUGCCAAAAUGGUGAUGUUGCGUAAUGAAGUGUGUGGGUGCAAGGCGUCUGGUGUGUUCCUGCGACUCUCUGCUCAAGGUCUCAUUGCUGACAACAACAUUCACUCCAAUGGAGAAGCGGGACUAGACAUUCGCAAAGGGGCUAAUCCUAUCAUACUGUGUAAUAGAAUCCACAGUGGCUUGCGUUCAGGGAUCGUUGUUCUAGGCAACGGGAGAGGUUCCAUUCGCAGCAACCAGAUCUACGGCAACAAGGAAGCUGGCGUGUAUAUUCUCUUUAAUGGCAAUCCUGUUGUCAGUGGAAAUCACAUUUUCCAGGGUCUUGCAGCAGGCGUUGCUGUCAAUGAGAACGGCAGAGGACUGAUCUCUGAGAAUGUUAUUAGGCAGAAUCAGUGGGGUGGCGCCGAUAUCCGUCGAGGAGGCGAUCCAGUCCUGCGCAAUAACUUCAUCUGUUACGGCUUCUCGGACGGAGUGGUGGUGGGAGAGAGAGGGAGGGGUCUCAUUGAAGGCAACCACAUUUACGGCAACAGAGGCUGUGGAGUAUGGGUUAUGUCAUCUAGUUUACCUCAGCUCAUUGGAAACCAUAUUACCCAUAACCGUAUGUAUGGGCUGGCUGUGUUCUGCCGGAAGGACACAGAGUCUGCAGUGAGCCGAGAGGGCUAUCGCUCUUUACAGGACAGAGAGAGAGUCGUCGGUGUUGGAGAGAGGGACAGAGGAGGGCCGGAGAACUUCAAUGAGGAAGGAGAACUGAUGGCAUGGGAAAGUGAUAUCGAUAGUGAAGAUGAGCGCUUUUCCACUCGACGGCCAAUCACAGUUGCCCUAGUGGAAAACAACUGCAUUAGCCACAAUGGAGCUGUCGGAGUGUAUGUGAAGAGCAGUGAGCCUCUGAACGUGGUGUCCAACAUGGUGAACAAUAACAGAAGAGCCGGCUUGUCUAUCAUUCAGAGCGCUCAGCUGACACGUUUAGUUGGAAACUGUGUCCUCUGUAAUGGCUGGACGGGAGUGGCCGUGGACAGAGAGUGUCGAGUAGAGCUGCGCGGCAAUGGGGUUUAUGGCAAUGGAUGUCAUGGUGUCUGCUUCCGAGGCGAUGGGCUCAUUGUGGAAAAUGAUGUGGUCGGAAAUAAUGCUGUUGGAAUACGAGUGAUGGACAAUGCAGAUGUUAAAGUCUUGCGGAAUCGCGUUCAGGCGUUGCGGGGUUAUGGGAUUUCCGUAAAGGAGCGGGUCCGAGGUGUGGUUCAGGAAAACCUGGUUUAUCAGGGCCACCCUACGAGUACUAAAACCCCCAUACGGACAAACACACAGAACAUGGAGUGUGUUGUACUUAACAACUCUCUGCUCAGACCAAGAUCGCAAGCUCUUUGGGCCCUGGAAAAUCCACCUCCUCGUCCCCAUAAUACUAACCCCUCUAGUGUCACCCCUGCCACACUCCCUGCUCACCUUGCCAUCACUAUGACAAACAGAAUCACUGCCUCUGUAGAAAGCGGUUGCCAUAACAACGGCAGCAUCUUUUGCUCAAUUUUAUGAGGUACAUCAUUCCCGGCUUUAUAGCUCAACGAUGGAUCAGAUGGAAAUUCAUAAACAUUUUCCCCUCAACAUGAAGAACAUAGAGGAGGUCAAGGCACUGCUUCAACAUUCUGGGUUGGAUGAUGGACAAUUGGAUUAAGCCUCAACCACUUUGACAUCCAAAUGAUCUAAAAGCACUUUUUAAUAUGAUUAACCAAUGGUAUCUUGUUUAGUAGUCCAGGAAUCAAACUAUGAUGGAUUAAAGAUUCACCCAAAAAUUAAAAUUCUGUCAUCAAUUACUCACCCAAAUGUCGUUCCAAACCCGUAAGA